CCCCACUGAUUCAGCCACUGCAUUAGAAUGGACCGCGCACCGCACUCAAAAUCAUUUAAAGAUAAGACUCUCUCGUACACCCUUCUAUUGAUUGUUUGUCUGUUUAUCCCCCAUGAAACUACCAGUCCCCACCGGGUUUACAAUAUUACCUGGAAAAUAGCCAAUCUAGGGACCGGGGAAGUAGCCAACCUCAGCACUUAUAUAGGGACUCUACACGAUGGGUUCCCUCCUCUCUAUGUCGACCUAUGUGACUUAGUGGGGUCUGAUUGGAAUCCCUCGGACCAGGAACCAUUCCCAGGGUACGGAUGCCAUCACCCUGGGGGAAGGAUGAGAACAAGAGGAAAGGAUUUUUAUGUCUGCCCCGGUCAUAAACCAACCGAUAAAUGCGGGGGGCCACAGGAGGGAUAUUGUGCAAGCUGGGGAUGUGAGACCACAGGAGAUGCUUAUUGGAAACCCUCCUCCUCUUGGGACUUCAUCACCCUCAAACGGAGGGAAAUCCCAGGGUAUAUAGAGACAGGAUCACGGAAAUGUGGGCUUAAAAUCUGUGGACCCUGUUAUGACAGUACCAAAGGGGGAAACAUUAGAGGCGCCACCCCCGGAGGAAGAUGUAACCCUCUCAUCCUAAGGUUCACAGAUGCCGGAAAAAGGGCUACUUGGGACAGUCCUAAAGUCUGGGGACUCCGGCUAUAUCGAGCAGGGAAAGAUCCGGUUACCUUGUUCUCCCUGUACCGGCAAGACUCCCCUAAGCAAUCAGUCGGGCCAAACCCAGUAAUAGCGGACCAGAGGGCCCCAACCCAAUUCCAAGUCCCUAAACCCCCUACCAUCCCUAAAGCUGUCACUCCUACCCCAGGUCCUGUUAUCUCCUCCUCUUCCCAAGACGCCCCAAUCACCGAGAUAACCAGGGACCCCCCUGGGUACUGGAGAUAGAUUAUUACAAUUAGUCCAAGGGGUCUACCAAGCCUUAAAUUUCUCAGACCCCAACAAGACUCAGGAAUGCUGGCUAUGCCUAGUUUCCCAGCCCCCAUAUUAUGAAGGUAUAGCAGUACUAGGCAGCUAUUCUAACCAGACCUCAGUGCCUACCAGUUGUGGAGCUGCCAUGCAGCACAAGCUCACAAUGUCCGAGGUCUCAGGAAAGGGACUAUGCAUAGGCAAGGUUCCUCCCUCACAUCAAGAGUUAUGUAACCAAACAGAGCCAUUAUCUCAAGACAGCCGAUACCUUAUUGCCCCUUAUGGAACUUAUUGGGCUUGCAGUACUGGUUUGACUCCCUGCGUCUCUACCACUGUCCUCAAUGCAACCAUUGACUUUUGUAUAUUAAUAGAACUUCGGCCCAAGGUCACAUACCACCAACCUGAAUAUGUUUACAAUGUACUAGAGAAAUCAACCCGACAUAAACGGGAACCAAUAUCCUUAACCGUGGCCCUAUUAUUAGGAGGAAUAACUAUGGGAGCAGUAGCCGCUGGAAUAGGGACUGGUGCGGUUGCCUUGCAGGAAACUGGUCAUUUCAAACUUCUACAACAAGCCAUGCAUACAGAUAUCCAGGCCCUAGAAGAGUCAGUCAGCGC